AUGGGCGGGGCGGGAGAAGGCGAUGGGAGGAGGGACUGAAGCUGAGGGUCAGGCCGGGCGCCGCCUCGCGAGACUAGGAGUUUGGGGAGAGUUUGUGGAAGAUGGCGCCUGUUGUGACAGGGAAGUUUGGGGAGCGACCUCAGCCCAAACGCCUUACCAGGGAAGCAAUGAGAAAUUACCUUAAGGAGCGUGGUGAUCAAACCGUACUAAUUCUACAUGCCAAGGUUGCACAAAAAUCUUAUGGAAAUGAAAAAAGAUUCUUCUGUCCUCCUCCAUGUGUAUAUCUAAUGGGAAGUGGAUGGAAGAAAAAGAAAGAUCAAAUGGAACGAGAUGGAUGCAAUGAGCAGGAAUCACAGCCAUGUGCAUUUAUUGGGAUUGGAAAUAGUGACCAAGAAAUGCAGCAACUUAACUUGGAAGGAAAGAAUUAUUGCACAGCCAAAACAUUGUACAUAUCUGACUCCGACAAGAGAAAGCACUUCAUGUUAUCAGUAAAAAUGUUUUAUGGUAAUAGUGAUGACAUUGGCGUCUUUCACAGCAAACGGAUCAAAGUAAUCUCCAAACCUUCCAAAAAGAAACAGUCCUUGAAAAAUGCCGACUUAUGCAUUGCAUCAGGAACAAAGGUGGCAUUAUUUAACAGACUUCGUUCACAGACCGUCAGCACACGGUAUUUACACGUGGAAGGAGGGAACUUCCAUGCAAGUUCACAACAGUGGGGAGCAUUUUACAUCCAUCUAUUGGAUGAUGAAGAAUCGGAGGGUGAAGAAUUUACAGUCCGUGAUGGAUACAUUCAUUAUGGUCAAACAGUGAAGCUUGUGUGCUCUGUUACUGGGAUGGCACUACCCAGACUGAUAAUUCGGAAAGUGGAUAAGCAAACUGCGUUAUUAGAUGCAGAUGAUCCAGUUUCGCAACUCCAUAAAUGUGCAUUUUAUCUCAAGGAUACUGAAAGGAUGUACCUGUGCCUUUCACAAGAAAGGAUUAUCCAAUUCCAAGCCACUCCAUGUCCAAAAGAACCAAACAAAGAAAUGAUAAACGAUGGAGCCUCUUGGACAAUCAUAAGCACAGAUAAAGCUGAAUACACAUUCUACGAGGGAAUGGGGCCCGUACAUGCACCAGUGACUCCUGUACCUGUAGUGGAAAGUCUUCAGCUGAAUGGGGGUGGAGACGUUGCAAUGCUCGAGCUCACUGGACAGAACUUUACCCCCAAUCUACGAGUUUGGUUUGGUGAUGUCGAAGCAGAGACCAUGUACAGGUGUGCGGAGAGCAUGCUCUGUGUUGUUCCUGAUAUUUCUGCAUUCCGAGAGGGUUGGCGAUGGGUGCGUCAACCUGUCCAGGUUCCUGUCACACUGGUUCGAAAUGAUGGGAUUAUCUACUCCACCAGCCUUACUUUCACAUACACCCCAGAGCCUGGACCGCGGCCGCACUGCAGUGCUGCUGGAGCCAUCCUUAGAGCUAAUUCCAGCUUGAUGGCAACAAAUGACUCAAAUACAAACAGUGAGGGAAGUUACACAACUGUCAGCACAAACUCGACUAUUGUCACAUCAGCAGCAACUGUAGUUUCCUAACUACUGAAAUGGUUUAAAGACAGUUACCAACUUUUGGGGAAGAAGAAGACAAAACUGUUGAAAUGCUGCAAAAGAAAUCAAAGAACUACUAAUGUCAACAGUUCUUGUGGUAUUCUGGAAAUCACCUAGUUCAGAUGCUGAACAUUUCAUUCAAGCAUUGAUAAUCUGCAGGAGGUGUUAUCACAGUCAGAAAAUACACGUGAAUAUGUAUAAAACUUUAUAAAAGAGCAAAAUGAAAAUCUAUUUUUCAGCUGUUUAAAGUGUGGGCAAGAUAUUAAAGUGUUUGGGUGGGAUGGUGGUAAAGCAUACUAGAGAAUGCAUACAAAAAUAACAUAGUUUCUAUGGACCAAGAAACUUGUAUAAGCUUUAGUGAAGGUACAGUUUCACCAUACCUUUUUUGUAUUAUACAUAUAGUACACUUUUGUUACCAAAUAGUUUAUAUUUUCUUCCUCUGAGCAAUGGGCUCUGAAGUAUCCAGGUUCCAGACCUGACCUUGCUGUAUAUUCUCAUCAUCUAAACCAGUAAAGACCUAUAUUUUGGUCACAGGCUGGAACUGUCCUAAUUUUUUUUUUAAACUUGAGUCAUGUGACUUUAUCAGUUGAAGGUGUUUACGAGAAAACCCUACUUUUUGUGGUUACUUGUCAGUCUGCAUAUUGUACUUAAAGGAUGUCUCAAUAUAGCACCUUCAUGAUGUGGGACAAAAAUCACAGUUAACAAAUAUCAUGAAACAAAAAACAAAGAAACAAAGUAGUACAAGAAACAAAGAAGCACUCGUCAAGGUGUCUAAUUGUGAUCUGUUACACAAAGGCAAUCUAAAAUAUAAUUGUGUUACUUUAUAAAAGGCUUACCAAAAUAUAGGUGAAAAAGGAAAGUGAAAUAUUUUAGUUCUGAUUCUUCAAUUAGAGCUUUACUUCCAGUGAUAUUUUUGACAACCCCUGUAUUAAAAUUGUGAUCCUUAAAGGAUGUGUAUUCAACUAUGCAUAGGCUACAGCAAUAACUUGUACGGGUGUAUGUCUAUAUGCUUACUGAUGUCUAAUUUACCUUGCUGCCAUGCUUAAAAACAUUGUUUAUAAGCGGGUUGGUAAAGGGUAUUUUUUCAUGACAUACCACUCGUGAAUUCUCGAAAUUCUGUCCAGUUGCAAAAAUAAAAACAAUGCGUCAGAAUUUCAUGAUACCACAUGAAGAGAGUUCUACAUACAACGUCUGGCUUUCUUUCAUUGGUUUCAUGCAUGGUAACAAUUCUGUAUAAAUAAAUACCAGCAGUGUGCAAACAUCUUUUAUAAAAGAAAAUUAACAUGUGACAAUGGGGUUGACUACACUUCAAUCACACAUUGUUUUUGUUAAUACCGUCAACUUCCUCUUUUUUUGUUAGAAAAGAAUACCAGAAGGGUUAUUUACCCUUUGAAUUCUCAGGAUUACCACUGCAAUCAAAUUAUGGCUGCUAUCACAUUCACUAUGAUAUGUAAACCCAAAUUGUGAUAUAUUUUCAUAUCAUUUCUUAAUGCAUUGUAAUAUUGGGACACCCUAUGUACUUUAGAAAUGAGUAUCAAAAGCUUUAAGUGACUUCUGCCCUGUCUGCAAAACAUACAACAGUACAGAUAUGUUAAACAUAGCUUUAUUUUUUCAACCAUUUUAAUAAAACAGUAUUUAGUAGUAACUGAUAGAUUUGCUUUGCCACUUGUGAGUUUAAAAACUGAAGGUUUCUGGAUACACUGACGUCUGAUAAAUGAGAUUCUGCAUUUAACAGAAUUUGGGAGUGGCUAUAAAAUGUUGAGUCAACCUUGUGUGUGUGUGUUCUUCACCUCAAAGCUCUGCUUUUAUACAUUGAAACAUAUCAUGUUUUUUUAAUAGUUAUAGUACCUGCAACUUCGUGCCAAUGGAUCUUUUUGUCAAUUUGAUUACCAUAGAGGUUUAUUUUUUUUAUUACUAGUGUUGAAAGUGAAAAUGGUGCUUUAGUAAAUUGUUGUAAUUUGUUGAGUGCAACACAUACUUGACAGAUCACUGGGGCUCCUGCAGGAAGUUAAACUGGUGUGGCAGGGCCAGUUGCUUCACGCUGAGUGGAACAUUUCUGGUUGCCCUUACUAAUUUCCCUUUGCCCUCAAACAGGGUCACCUGGAAGACCCCUCUCCCCUGCGAGGUGCUGGGCAUAACGGUGAUUUAAAGUGUUGAGACACAUAUUUGUUACGUUCAAGUUAUAAAAGCCAAAAAAUAAGCAAUGUGAAGCUUAGUUCAGUAUUUUGCAUUUUCUACAAUACAGAAUACCUGUCUAUGCCCAAUUGAAAUUUGAAUGUUACUAAAAGUUGCUACGGUCACUCAAUAGUGGAUUUGCUUUGAGAGUUUACUGGCUAUAAGGGCAUAAACAAAUACACAUGAAUUUGGCUUUGAAAUAAGAUUAUCAGAGCCAGUACAAUGAAUGCCUCUUCAUGGGAAUACUUUUGUGGCAAAUGUUGAUCAUUACAACAAACGAUGAGGUGUGAUAUGAUAAGCAUAGUUGAUUUCAAUUACUCCAUGAUUUAGAUUUAAAGAGUUCAUUAUGAGCUGAUUCAAAACUACUUGGUAGGAAAGCUCCUAGCUUCUAAACUCUAUUUGCAGGAUUACCAGUGUACCUCACAAGUGAUUAAUUAUUGUUAGAAAUCUAAUUGCUUUUAUUAAUGUAGGCAAAUGAGGCAGCUGAUUUCUGCUUGGCAAGAUGGCACAAAUCUCUUUUUUACAGUUGUUGGACCACAUACAGAACGGUUCCAUGUUCUUCAAACUGCACCAUGUUUUAAAGUCCUUUCUUGAAAGCAUUUUUACUUCUACUUUCCAUUAGAAGUAUUUAAUGAGUUUAAUUUUUAAUCCUGUACUUGUUAAGUUGACAACACUUGAGCCCAGCCAGUAAGCAGUUUGAAAAGCACAGACAUUUAAUACCAAAAAGCUUCUGUAAGACAGCAGAACCACUUACUUGUACCAAAGCUAUUGGUCUUGUAUAAUAAUCUGUAUUGAAAACAUUAUAAUUAAUCAAGAAAAAUAAUGUGGUGAAUGUAAAAUAUGCUUCAGCCUUCAGAAUAAAUUGCAGUCGCAAGCUGUCUUCAGAUCUGGCACUUAAGGUCUGAAAUCUGGAGUAGGCUGAAGACAAACUGAUAUAUUAGAAACAUUUUGUUAUUUACUCAGCAGAAGACUGGAACCUAUUUUACAUGAGCCAUGGUAUCUUGGUUACUUUUAAUGUUUGUUGCACAGGUUAUGACUGAUAAUAACUAGUUCAAUAAUAUAAGCUCUUGAGUAAUACUAAGGGAAUAACAUUUUAGAUAUUUGGCACUUUGAUCUCCUUCAAUAGUCAUAUACUGGGACUGGAGUGAAAAUUACUGUAUGGGCCAAGCAUUCGCUGCUUUUGGAUGAAAAAAAAACAUCAGUCUAUUUGUUCCCGUAUAUUUUUUUUUAAAACUUAUCCAAUCUUGGGUCUACCUGCAUUACAGACUUCCUGUUAAUGAUUUCUCUCAAGGUGAGCAAAUCAUUUAUUGCAGUUUGUUCUAUUAAUCUAACCCAACAAUACAGAAAAUUCCCUUUUUUCAUUUGACUCUUUGCAUGUCUAUGUACUUUACCCAUUGUUCAUCCACUUUACUUCAUGCAGUAAUUCUAUGUGUUUUCCACAUCCUUUCAAUAUUUCAGUAUUUAUUUUUUUUGAAUUGAUAACCAAACUUUGGAAGGGGAGUUUACUGUGCAUUUGAAAACGUGUGCUCUGUUCGUGCUGUGCAUUCAAAUUAUUUUGAAAUGCCGCUUCACAUUUUAUAAACAUUGAAAGUAAUUAUUAUCAGUACAACAUUCUCUUCCAGCUAUUCUUGUGCUUCGCUCAUGGUACAUUUCUGCUUUUUGUCUUCAUAUCCAAUAUGUAGCAUUGCUUUAAAUUUAAUUUGCCAUUUACGUCCACAAAUUAUUAAUUGACAAAAAAAUGUAAACAAAUUCUCAUCUGCACCCUUCAUUCAGUGCAUAUAUUUCUGUAAACGAAAUCGGUUUACACAGUUUCUUUCUACCGUAAGAGUCAGUGGAUUUGUGGGAAUCCAGAUACUAUAUCUUCUGCAAUAAUUCAUAUUAUCCCUACGAUUAUGUAUAUUUUAGAUUCCUGAUGUCAAUCCCGUUUCCAGCCCACUCAAUAUUUGGUCCUGGAUUUUCUGAUUUGACAAUAUAUGAUACAAUACAGCAUAUGUUUCAGACUUUUCAUUUCUAUUUAGGAUAUAUUUUGAUUUCUGUUCAGGAACUAAAAUACCAAGUCAUUAUUAUUGACAUCCUUGUCUUUAACCCCACCUUCCCUCACACGUUGCAUAUCAAAUGCCAAUGUGUAAAGUUGUAAGCUGAUCUGGACAAGCAAAGCUGGAUCAGAAAUGUGCUGCCCUUAUCAGUGACGCACGUUCUGAAAUAUGAGUAAAAAAGGCAAAGCCAUGCAUGUAAACAUAGCGUGCACACGAAUGAUAAGAUGGCAUAUGUAAAAAUAAAUCCCUGGAAUAAUGUUUAAAUUGCAGGUUUUAAUUUUAGGUAUUCUAGAGAAAUUGAUCUUAAGGAUAUAAACUGAUUUCAACAGAUACAUUCAAUCAAUUUGGAGCGGUAUAUUAUAAAUUAAGAUCUCAAGAUAAAUCAAUACUUUGUCAUGGAUGUUACAUGACAAAGUAACACAUUUCUUGUUAAAUUUUAAAUAUGCUGGCAACUUAAGAUGUUUCAUUGAUGCUUAAGAUCAAUGUUUAGAAUGUUGAAAAUGGUUCAGGAAAUGAAUGAAACUAGUUUCCAAAUUUAAUGUGCAGUAUUUAUUCAGUACCUUGCUUCCAAGGGAAUUAAUGCUGCCUACGCUCCAUUGAACAUGGGCAAGCUGCUGUUCAAUUGGAAGCUGUUGAUACAUUUUGAGGAAAUAGUAGCUUGGACCAAAAUGACAUUAUUUCUGUGGGCCAGGAUUUUGUAAAAUGGUAAUAUGCCAUGUUGCCAUAGGGUUAGUUUGAUGACUGGAUUCAUAUAAAAAUGGCUGUUGUGAUAAGAAGACAAUAGUGGUAUCCAGGAAAGAAGAAAUAAAAUGUGCUGUAAGUGUGUUAACUAUAGAAAAGUUGUGCUCAGUUGAAUUAUUUGACAACCCAGUUUUCAACUAAAGAGGUGGAGUUAUUAACUUGUACACGCAAGAAUUUAUGAGAGCUAUUUACUAGAUUUUGGAUUUGGUUCCUAUUACCACGCUCUCUUGACAUGAGGUAGACCUUCUCGUAGCACCAUCUGGCCUGGAACAGGAAGCCUGGUAUUUUUUUUAAAAGGAAUGUACUCACAGGCAUUCUUUUUUCAACCUAGUUACAACAGGGGUUUUUUAUAAGGGAUGUCUAUGAAGCCCUUUGAGCUUUGAUUUUUUUAUUUUUAAGCUGGAUAUACUCCAGAGAUCAAACAGUACCAUGGGAGAAAAGGGUGUUGCCGCUUCAGUUAUGCUCUUAACUCAGCUACCCUCUCUGCAGAUGUUGCCUGACCUAUGUAUUCCCAGUAUCUCUUGGGUUUUUGUAUUUCAAUUUGGAGCUUUUUGUUUUUCUUUGCCAAUUCUCAAGGCUUGCAUGUGAAAAAUGGACCGUGGGGAAUUACAGAAAUAUGCUCAAUGCCCACAGAAUU